AAAAAUAAUAAAGCACGAUUCAGUUCGUGAAGAGUGAGACGAAUUUUGAACACCUUGUAGACCAACGGCGCUUGUUAAUUGGCGCGCGGUGUCGAAUCCCGACACUUAUUAAGAGGAGACAAGCAUAUUACUACAAAUUAACAAUAGAAUAUUUUAUUCUGUUUUUUUUGUGACAUGGGAUGUGAGUGUAUGGUCUCUCCAAUAUUUUUUUGAACUUCUAUUUGAUGCAGGACUGUAUAUGUUUUGAGUUUUUGUCCAUUACAAAAAAAAUCCGAGUGCACUAAUUCCGCUAAACGUGCUGGCUAUCACAGUUCACCGCGAACACUAGGCGAUUCAUUUAGUUAUGUGUUCGGGAUUGACCAAGAAAAAUGACAAAUAACACCAUGAAUCUAACAACAAUAACAACGGAAGUUAUCAAAACUCCUCACCCCAUGUCAGGUUUUGUGAUUCAAGUACUGGUGACAUUGUCUUUCAUCAUAGGUAUAGUAGGAAACAUGACAGCGCUAGUAAUUCUGUACAGGUCAGCUAAAAGAAGAAACAAAAAGCAUGUUUUACUGCUAAGAUGGUUGGCUAUCAACGAUUUGACAGCUGCUGUAGGUAUGUUGACGGUAACAAACCUAAAAAGAUAUGAGGUUUUGCCCGAAUAUUGGACAUGCACAGCAUUGGUUAUACUGAGAGGAUUUGGUAUUGGAUCUGGUAUUGUGGCUUUGAUAAUGGCACUGGAAAGAUGGUUUGCCCUUACUAGACCAUUCUUGUAUCAUAAGUUGGUGACCUACGAUGUUCUUAAGCGAACUUUGUGUUCCUUAUGGCUAGGAGCUCUACUCAUGACAUAUUCACCUUUACUUGGAUUUGGCUUGUAUUACGAUUUUGAAAAAGAAAAAUGUAGUCGUUAUAGGUUUGCUGUAACGCCGAAGGAUAAAGGUUACGCUUGGCUAAAUUUUGCCGUGGGUGGUUUGGUAUGCCUUUGCAUAGCUCUAUGCAAUAUAGCGGUAGUACUGGAGCUGUCGAAGAUAAGAUUGCAAAAUACAGUACUGGUAAGAAGAAUUAGUCGUUCGUUAAUUGUCAACAAUAGAACAGGCGCCUCUCGACAUCACCAGACUCCUGAAGAAGUAGCUUUCGCUAAAUUAAUGGCUUAUAUUUCUGUUAUAUUUAUCGUUUGCUGGGGUCCUCAAAUUAUAACAGUGCCAAUAGCGCAGCUAGGAGAUACUUCCAGAGCUUCAAGGAUAUUUACGCACAUUGCAGACAUGUGUAUGGCAUUCUACUUCACUUUGGAUCCUUUUGUUUAUGUGCUACAGAGGUAUAUAGAAAGGGGAAAUAUGGGAUUCACCUGGUGCUUUCUGAAGAGGCAGAAAUCCACUACAAGCCUCCCUACAACUACGACCACUGCCGGAGAACCACUUAAAUGGAACACCGACACCAGGACCGAUCACUUGGUCUAAAUAAGAACCGAAUAUUUAAUGUUAUGCUUACCAAGAAGAAUGGGGUUCGUACCUACCUUUUACUUUAUAAUAAUACCUACAUACUUACCAAAUAUAUACGUUAUUGGUAUUACUUACUGUAAGUGUAAUAUUAGUUGAAUCACUGAAAAAUUUUCAAAUUCAAAAAAUCACUUUCUAUUAAGUUCGCCAAGCUACUUUUGUAAACCGAAAAGUUUCACAGACCUGAUAUUUUACUUUUAAUCGGCUAUUGAGGAGCUAAAUACUCGGCCUAAUAAGACUGAUUUUUUUGCCACAUGUCAAAUUUGACAAUUUACUAAAUACAACCAUAGAAGCAAUUCCUCAAAAAAAUCCGCGAUUUGCAUUUUAUAAGUAAGGAAUUCUUCAUAUUAUUGAGUGGAUAGAGGCUUCGAGUCGGCUUUCAGAAACUAGCAAAGUUUUGACACAAGCCUAUGUUUUUGGGUACCUGGAAGCCUCAAUCAUUCAAUAGACGAAAAAGUUAAGACUCAAAUGUGUUUCAAAAACUAAUAUAAUUUUUAUUUGCGAAAGUUGAACUUGAAAAUAAACGAACUGGUCAUUUAGAAAACUGAAAUAGCCGUUCAAAAGUAUGUAAGAAAGAUAUCUACGCAGAUUAUUAUAAGCUUUUUUAUAUAUUUUUCUGUAUUAUGAAAUUCUUUAUUAAGUGUUUGGGAUAGAAUUAAUCGCCUUCUACACAGGCGUGCAAGUCAGCCUUUCCUUUUUAACUGUAGUCUAAUUGUUAAGAGUAAAUUGCUAAUUUAUGAUUUAACCAUUCAAUCAUAUUAUUCUGGUAAUAGACUGAUAUUUCUAAUGUGAUAGAUUUAAUGCAUUUGAUGUAUGUACUGUAAUAUUAUUACCUACUAAAAUAAACAUUUAUUACAUAA